UGGGGGGAGAGGGGGCGCCUCUGUCUGUCCUGGGGUGGACAGGCUGGGGCGCUCUGUCUGUGUGUCCUGGAGGAGGAGGAGUGUCUGUCUGUCCGUCCGUCCUAGGGGAAGGCUCUGUCUGUCUGUCCUAGGGUGGACAAGCCCCCGGGAUGAGCUCCAAGGCCAAGCGUGUGCUGCCCACCCGCCCCGAGCCCCCCAUGGUGGAGCAGAUCCUGGCUGACGUGCAGGGCACCCACCCCACCGACCCCGUCUUCCUUCUCCCCACCGAGCCCCGCCGGGACCACGGACCCCCCCAAGGCUCCCCCAGCCCCGCCAGGCUGGAGGACCAGGAGCGGGAGCGACUCUACCAACAAAGCCGUUCCUACGUGGAGAUGAAUCAGCGGCUGCAGGAAUCCCGGGAGCGGCUGCAGGAACGGCGUGAGGAGCUGCAGCGGGCGGGGGUGGCGUUGGAGCAUAGCAUCUUGGAAAUGAGGCAGAAAGCGUUCUGAGGCCGGUGUUGGUGUUGGAAUUCAAGGCUCCUCUCCAUCGACAUCUCAGGACUUUCCAUGGUUACAAUUCCACCUGCCCAAACGAGGGGUAGAACCAAUUGUGUUUAAUUUACGUAGGAUUCGGUGUUGCUGGUGUCUCACCAACGUCUGAGAAGGUUGGGUCUGUCCCACCUUGCAGCCCAACCUUUCCUCUGGGAGCACCUGGACCUGCUGCCCGUGCCAAGAAGGGUUUGUCUGGGUGCGGCAACAGGUUCCCGGUGCUGGAGGAAAGGCUCAGCCCCCAUGUUUGGCCCCAUUUGUGGUGUGUGGCAUGUCAUCUGCACCCUCACACCGCCCCUUCAUCUAUGACUUCUCCAUCUGGUACUGCCCCGAGGAUGACCACAUUGCCUCCCGCAUCUCGGAACGCUUGAAGAAAGAGGGGUUUCAGGGCUACACGGAGCACCAGGACCAAGUGGCCGGGACAUCCGUCAUCUUGACGGCCAUCGAGGUCAUCAAGGCCAGCCGGGUGGCCAUCCUGCUCUUCUCUACCAAGUCCCUGUGUGACCCAUGGUGCCAGCGCGUUUCCCAGUGGAUCCUGUGUCAUAAUAUCCAUUGCCACGGGACCAAGUUGAUCCCCGUGUACGUGGGCGUGGAGAAAGCCGAGGUACCUCCCUUCCUGCACCACCUCUUGGGGCUGGAAUACCAGGCAGAGAUGUUCCUGGACAGGCUUGUGGACAGCCUGAAGACAUCCCACUCAGCAGUGAGGAGAGCCAGGACUGCUCCAUCCUCCAGCAAGAAGAGCUGAGGGACUGUGGGAGCCAAGAACCAGAUUAGGGGCCAAAUCCAGCUCCUUCGGCCCCACAACCAUGGUGGUGGGGACGGUGUUGUCCUGGACUGCUAGUAAAGGUGCUGGGAACGGGUCACCCCAGCGCUGGGGAUUGUCACAAAUCUCAUUAAACACCCUUCUCAGAGAACUGAGGAUGCAAUUUGCUGUGUGCAACCCCUGCCUUCAGUCACUGAGCAGGGGCUGAGGUCAAAGUGAAACCCCAGGAAGUACCAGAGUGGAUGCUCACCCCAAGCAGAGACUUGAGAUGCUCUCCCAGCCAUGGGAGCCCCUGCCCUCUGCUCGGGGUCUGCUCCCCACUGCUGCCUGCCCCCAGGGUGACUCUGGGGGCCCCUUGGUGUGUGGGCAGCGGUGGCCGGCGUGCUAUCCUUCACCAGCUUGGACCCCACCAACCCUUUUAAGCCACCAGUGGCCACCUCGGCCGUGAAGCACAAGAAAUGGAUCCAGAAAACGCUGCGGAGGGGCUGCGUCUCCACCGGGCAUGCAGGACAGACGGACCAGCCCUUCCUAUUUACACAGGGCAGGUCCCCAGCCCAGUGACGCGACCGUGUGAGCAGCCCCCAGGACGAACCCGUUGGGACCCCGGCCACGCACCGCCAGCCCUUGCGCAGCUGCUCUUCCGCCUUUUCCACCCGAUGCCACCUUGAAGCAGUG